AUGAGUUUCAGGGAGGAGACGGAGGAGGGAAGAAAUGAUCUUCGGCGACCAUUCUUACACACGGGAAGUUGGUACCGGAUGGGUUCCAGACAGUCUAGCAUGUUGGAAUCAUCUCAAGUCAUUCGAGACAGCUCCAUCUCUGUCUUAGCUUGUGUUUUGAUCGUUGCACUUGGUCCUAUUCAAUUCGGUUUCACUUGUGGUUAUUCUUCUCCAACUCAAGCUGAUAUUACUAGGGAUCUUGGCUUAACUGUAUCAGAGUACUCUGUGUUUGGGUCUCUAUCCAAUGUGGGUGCUAUGGUUGGUGCAAUUGCGAGUGGUCAGAUUGCUGAAUACAUCGGAAGAAAAGGGUCUCUGAUGAUUGCUGCAAUUCCCAAUAUUAUUGGCUGGCUUUCAAUAUCGUUUGCCAAAGAUACCUCUUUUCUGUACAUGGGAAGAUUGUUAGAAGGUUUCGGCGUGGGGAUCAUAUCUUAUACGGUGCCUGUAUAUAUAGCCGAGAUCGCACCACAGAACAUGAGAGGAGCCUUAGGUUCUGUAAACCAGCUUUCUGUAACAAUUGGGAUAAUGUUGGCAUAUCUACUCGGUCUCUUUGUUCCAUGGAGAAUUCUUGCAGUUUUGGGAGUAUUGCCGUGUACAUUAUUGAUACCUGGUCUGUUUUUCAUCCCUGAAUCUCCUCGGUGGCUGGCAAAGAUGGGUUUAACAGAUGAUUUUGAAACUUCGUUGCAAGUUCUUCGUGGUUUUGAUACUGAUAUCACCAUUGAGGUUAAUGAGAUCAAGAGAUCUGUGGCAUCAUCUACGAAACGCUCUGCAAUUCGGUUUGUAGACCUCAAGCGUAGGAGAUACUAUUUCCCACUAAUGGUUGGUAUAGGACUUCUUGUACUUCAACAACUUGGAGGAAUUAACGGCGUCUUGUUCUACUCGAGUACAAUCUUUGAAUCUGCAGGGGUCUCAUCAAGUAAUGUAGCAACAUUUGGAGUUGGUGCUGUUCAGGUAGUGGCGACUGCAGUAGCGACAUGGUUGGUGGAUAAAUCAGGUCGCCGACUUCUGCUCAUGAUCUCUUCUAUAGGGAUGACGAUUAGCCUGGUGAUUGUAGCAGCCGCAUUUUACCUUAAGGAAUUCGUAUCACCUGACUCGGAUAUGUACAACAUUCUAAGCAUGGUCUCUGUUGUUGGAGUUGUGACUAUGGUUAUUACUUGCUCUCUAGGGAUGGGACCAAUUCCAUGGCUGAUAAUGUCUGAGAUUCUUCCAGUGAAUAUCAAAGGCUUAGCCGGAAGUAUAGCAACUUUGGCUAACUGGUUUGUCUCGUGGUUAGUCACAAUGACUGCAAAUAUGCUCUUAGCUUGGAGCAGUGGUGGAACGUUUACUCUCUAUGCUUUGGUUUGUGGAUUCACUGUGGCUUUUGUGAGUCUUUGGGUUCCUGAGACCAAAGGCAAAACGCUUGAAGAGAUUCAAGCUUUGUUCAGAUGAUUCAAGAGAAGAAGAAGAAGAAGACAGCAUUCAUUUUUCACUUUUUGUUUUAUGGUCAUUUCAGAGCAUUCUUUUGUCCUUGUCUAAGACUUUCAUUUGUGCUUUGUUCAGUGUCUUUCUUUGGACAUUGAUUGUAUAAUGUGUUUAUGUUGUAAAGCAUUUCAUUUUGUGUGUGUAAUCUUUCGGAUUAGCAAUAUAUUUUAUAGUAAUCACUAGUGGUUUGUUCGCGCUUCGCGCGAAUCAGUGGUU